AUGCCUACCGCCAAACCCACAACAAAGCUUAGUGCAUUGACCAUUACCACCUUCUUUUCUCGCGCCGCCACCAUUGUCGGAGACGAAAACGUCUCGAGAGACCCAACCUGGGGCGCUCCAGAAGGUCUCCGUGGCGAGCACUCCUACGGUGACCCAUUCCCGCUGGAUGGACCACACAUCCCCAUAGGUGCUGCCAGGCCAGGGACAGUCGAUCAAGUCAGAGGGCUCGUAAAGCUUGCCAAUGAGCUGAAAGUCCCAUUGUGGACCGUGUCUCGAGGGAAAAACCUUGGGUAUGGAGGAUCUUCUCCUGUGGUAGCCGAUAGCAUUAUCCUCGAUUUACACCGCAUGAGAAGCAUCAUCGAGAUCAACGAAGAAUAUGCAUAUGCCACAGUCGAGCCCGGAGUAACCUUCAUGGACCUUUACGAUGAGAUCCAAAAGCGGGGGCUAAACCUCUGGCUGUCGGUCCCGGCGCUGGGAUGGGGGUCGAUUAUUGGAAAUACGCUGGAGCGUGGUAUCGGAUAUACUCCUGAGGGUGCUCACUAUAAGCAUCAGUCGGGACUGGAGGUCGUGCUUCCGAAUGGAGACUUGCUUAGAACCGGCAUGGGUGCCGUCAAAGACAGCAACGUCUUUCCUCUUUAUUCGGGGAUUCAAGUGGCUUUGGGCCGGGGUUGGACGGCUUAUUCUUUCAAUCCAACUUUGGGGCCAGGAGUCGUCACCAAGAUGAGCAUUCACAUGUCUCCGGCACCACAGUCUUACACCUCCAUCCAGGUUGAAACGCUAGAUGUAUCCGGCGUCGUUCCCCUGGUUGGCACAAUGACAGCUCUAAUGAGACAAAAGCUCAUCCUCAACCCACCCCAGCUCUUUGACAGAUCAACACUAGUAUUCGCAUCCCAAGAUCCAGACGUCAUCGCUGCACUUGGACCCUAUGCUACCCGCGACAAGCACAUUCCCGACGAGCUGAUCGACCGUAUCGGUGCGGACCAUGGACUACCAGCUUGGAGGGCCAACUUUGCGCUGUACGGACCUCCAGAGGCCGUGGCCGGAGUGCUUGCCGCCGUCAAAGCCAAGUUUGACGGCAUUCCCAGUAUCGAGUUCACCUCGCAGACCUGCACUGCCCUGCCUGGCACAUACCUUAAAAGUUCCCAAGUUCCUCCCGACUUCUUGCCCCAGAACGGCGUUCCCAGUGUUGAGGGGUUAAAGGCAUUCACCUCUACCAAAGACGGUAUCUGGCAUAAUUGCUUUUCUCCUGUGGUACCACCAUCGGGCCGUGAACUAUACGACUGGUACCUAUCAGCCAAAACCAUCACGGCAGCUCACGACCUCAAUUUCGUUGCCGACUUCCAUGUAUUCGACCGGUACAUCAUCGCCAUCAAUCUCGUCUGCUUCCAUCCUUCGGCACACGGGCGUCUGCGCGGGUUACAAGUCGACCUAAUGGAAGACUCUCAUAAACGGGGCUUGCUCGAGUAUCGGACACAUAUCAGUUUUAUGGACAUGACAGCGGCCUACCAAGACUUCAACAAUGGUGCAUUUUCGCGUUUUACAACGCUUCUGAAGAACAGCAUUGACCCCAACGGCGUGUUAUCACCUGGGAAAUCAGGCAUCUGGAAUUCUGGCAAGUCUGGGAUAGCUCGCUCUCAGCUUUGA